AUGCCCGGCUCCUCCCUGUGGCUUGUCCCGCCGCCGGACCACCCCGUGCACCGGAUCCUGACCAAGCUCAUCACCCAGACCCUGCCGAACACCUUCCCCGACGUAGCCGGCAGCGACUGUCCGUCCUUUAGCCCGCACAUGACACUAACAUCCAACAUUGACCCGGCCCUGUACGGCGACGACCCGCAAGGGUGGCUGGACGGCGUGCCGUGGCCGCAGGGCCGGGACGUGUCGGUCCGCUUUGCCGCUGUCCAGACCCAGGACGUCUACUUUCGCCGGUGCUUCGUCCAGGUCGGCAUGGGUGACGGCGUCGCGGAUAUUGCCGCGCUGGCGCGCGCCCGUGGCGUCGAGGGUGAGGCGGACCAGACUGGUCCCAAGACUCGAAAGUGGCUUGGGGAGUGGGCAGAGGCCUUUGGGCCACAUGUGAGUCUCAUCUAUGGUGAUAAUCCCAUCGAUGAUGCAAAGUUGCAGGAAAUCUCAAAAGUCGUCAAGGAAGCGGGCAUAGAACUAGAAGGUCCCGGUUGGGAGGGCGGCGUGGUGUGGCUGGUUCCCACGGACAGACCUAUCAAUGAAUGGAAACCCAUAGCAACGAAAGAGUUGUAA